UGUAUGGUCCCUUGAGAUCAUACCCGAGUUGGGUACUGCAGUUGGUACACACUUGGAUGGCGGUGCACACCCCAGAUGUUUGAGGUGGAGGUUUCGAAGUAGGCCCACUGUGUCGGAUUUACGCCUCCUAUUCGAGCAAGAGCCGCAUCAUAUAUUGGCGAUCCAGCCCGACGAUUAUGAGAUGACGACCCAUUAUUAUGCUACGGCAGUCAUGCCCGUGCCCAUUGGUGUCACUAUGAGCGACCGAUGAACCCGUUGAGGGAGGGUAGGCAGUUUCCCCCACGACCUGCACAGGAUAUACGUGUUCAGGAGCAUGAACUGCUGAGGAGACGAGAGGAAAGGAGGACGAGGGCGACGACAUCUUGAGAUAAGCGUAGUCGACCUCCACCUACCACAUCAUCAUCUAGUAGUGGAGAGCACGGGCUCCGAGGACGUGACCGUGAAUUUUUGGAGGGCAUCGUCACUAGGAUGGGAGAAGAGCAGGAGAUCAGAAUGAAAAGGCAUAACGAGGAUAUGGAGAGUCGAGUGAAGAGGGCAUUGAAGGGUUUUUUGGAGGAUUUGAAGGGGUUUUUUGGCUGUAGGUCUGUACACCCUAGAGGUGUAUAUUCUCCUGCCCCUCGUCGCACGCCUGCACCAGAGACCAGAGAUUCUGAUGAUGGGCAACCCGAUGAUGGUGGUCCGGUGGUCGGUGAUGUGUCACCUCAUGAUGAUGAGCCACUACAGGUGCCGCAUCGACAUUCUGUGCAUGAGUACGGAAGCACAUCUACUUCUCAUCACGAGCAGCCCCAUUUUUCUCUUCAAAAUCCAUCUGAUUACAAUUUUGAUCCAAGAUAUAUGGAGCAUGUGGCACAGGGACUGAUGUCCGGGAUGGGUGUUGUGACCACUGAGGGCCUCCAAAAUUUAUUGUUCGAUCAUUUCCAAACACCAGCGAUGCCCCGAAGGAGUGAACGCCAAAGAUUUCCCUCUCGAUUGCUAGAUUCCCCCUAUCUAGCAACUGGAGAGCCAUGUCUUCUUCCUAAGAAAGUGGUGGAUAAAUUUAUGGAGUACAUGAAUGGAAGAGAGGAGUACGUCUUCAUCACUGAAAGUAGCGUCAAAUACAAGAAGGGUUAUUUCCAUGACAUUCUUAGGCUGAAUUUUUCAUUUCCCGAAGAAGUGGUCGAGUUGUUCAUGUUAAGCUGCAAGUCAAGGCUAAUGACUGGGGGAAACCUCCUACCGAAUGUCACGUCAAAAAGCACUGUUAUAUCCUCUCUAGAUUUAUUUAGAGUGUGUCAAACAUAUUGGCGUUGCUGUAUGUUUGGCACAAAGCUGAAUCUCGUUGUUCCCGGUACGUACGACUCCUUUGCCGCUUGGGAAGUCCCUGAGGGUAUUUGCAAAAUGAUUAAGGGCGAGUGUGGAUCAUCAGUGGCACAAAGUUGGAUGGGGGCUAGCCAGAAUACCGACGAAUCCAAGCAAUAUGCUCAGCAAAUGUGCCAUAAUCAACUCGAGCAGACUCACGCUCCUCUGCUUCUUCAUCAUCCUCAUCUUCUUCAUCAUCAGUGUUUGUUGAUGGAACAUACUCUUCAUCAUCAUUAUUAUCAGCAAACCAAUCAAAACCUCUCAUGUGGUUUGAGAUGGGCUCCUCGAAUGACGUGGGCUGAGGAGGGUGCUCAUAAGUAGAUGCAUACGAUAUCUCGAUCGAAGGUCGAUAAACUUCUUGCUCC